AUGAGUCCAAGAGACGCCGUCCGGGCGUACGUUCUUCUUCGUCGGCCACCCGACGACCUAGAGAGCGCCUCUUCGCUCCGGGGCCGGCGACCUCCUUCGUCUGACUCGGCUCGUUCUGCGGCGAAACCGGCGUCUCCGAGUGUCUCCCGUUCUCGCGACAAAGAGAAUCGUCUUCGGCUCCAGCCUCUCACUCCUGCGGAGGAGAAGCGGUUGCAGGAGGGAGCUGUCACGUCCCUCUCGUUGAGACUGUGCAGCGGUUCACUCCACAUUUUGCAGUUGACGAAACUGCUUCGGCGGUUCACUGUCGACGCGCCUUCCAAAGGCACAAUGGAACCGGCGAACCCCGCAAAGGCCGGACAGGGAGACACGGAAGGAGAUGCACUUUUGAGGAAGGCCGAGCCGUCGCCGGGAGACGUGCACGACGAUGAAGACGAUGCGGAUGGGCUCGACUCGGGCGACGACGAGGCGUCCGGUGCGCCGAAUGCCUUUGCUCGUAAGGCGCAACGGAGAAGGCGCGCCGCCCUCCUGCUCGGCGAGGUUCUGCAGCGCGUCCCGUCUCUCCCUCUGUCUGACGCGGUCUCUGCAUCUCCUGUGUCUCCUCCCACUGCCUCGGCUAGGGGCUUGAGCCCAAGGACGAACGCAGGAAUGGCGACGGAGCGCCUGGAGAGGCGCGAGAAGAACGUGGCAGGGGCCGGUAGCGGCGAUGCGACCCCGCGGGAAGCAUGUGGGGCGCAGACGUCGUCUUGGGUGGAAGAGCACGACACCCUGUCUGAGCUUGUCGCCUUCUGCCUGGAAAACAUCAAUGACUGGUACGUAGUCGAAGGCGCAUGCACCGCGUUGCUUGCCAUCCUGACGCAUCACCGAACGGCUUUGAAGAGCAGAAGGCUUCAGCUGUCUCUUGACAGGUCGCCUUCUCCGUCUGAGCCGGCUGCAUGCCGUCCAUGUGGAGAUCCAGAUGCGGAGCAUUCAGAAGGGGAAGCGGCCAGCAGCUGUUCGCUCGCAGAUGGACAGGCCACGCCAACUUCAGAGCGCGCAGGCGAGCGCGGGGGCAAGCGAGAAGAGGCUGAAGAUGCUGGAAGAGCAGGAAAGCCACAGCAGCAGAAGUUGAUCCAGACGAUUUUGCGUCGGGUUUUGGUCGAUGUCCACGCCCCAUCCUUCGCUCAGAAUGUGCGGCAGUUGAUUCUCCGUCUUAUCCUGGCGCUGCUGAGAGAUUUCGAGACCGACGUUGCCGCGCUAGCGACGCGAAAGAGAAACGAAGGCGGGGUCGAUGUUGUCACAGCUGUCUGUGCACAGCUGGAGGGGGAGAGAGAUCCACGGUGUCUUCUGCUCGUCUUCGAGAUCGUCUCCGUCCUCGGGUCUAGACAUUCGUCGAUCAUGAAACGCGCGGACCUGGAAAAUGUAGUCGACGUCGCCAUGACGUACUUUCCUAUCUCCUUCAACCCACCAGCGAACGCGCCCAUGCCUAUCACAGAAGCCAUGCUGGUAUCGGCCUUCCACAAGGCUCUCACGGCGUCCCCACUGUUUUCCUCGUUCGUUCUUCUCUACCUUAUGGACGCUUUAGCGUCAGCGGGCGACGAAGACUUUCAACAAACGCUGGAGGAUGUAAAGCAAACGGCCACGGCUGUCCUGCCUUUCUUUCCUCCUUCUGCAGUUCUCGCCAUUCUCCAGCCUCUCCAGGGGUUGAUGCUUCAGUCGUGUUUUGACGCGCCGAGUGUACAUACACCUCAGCUGGUUGCGCUUUGGGCCCUCUUCCUCAAGCGUGCUUUGCAGGUGGAAGACGCGUUUAACGCGGAAGAGAGCCAGGAACCACGAGAAAGAGAAGACGAAACUGCAGACGAAAAGACGCUUCAGGACGGCAAAGCCGCACAGGGUGAAACGCCAAAGAGGACCGAGGAUGACCCGGCAGCGGAAAUCCUUGGUGCGUCGUUGGAAACCUGUGGCGAACCCGAACAGCUUACUUCCUCUUCGGCUUCCGCUGCUUCAUCUCGUUCUGGGACCUCGUCCCGGUCGUCUGCAGGGUGUCUGUCUCAAGUUCGUCUGCUUCUUGAAGAGCUCUUUGCCCCGCUGCUGGACCCUCGUCAGCCCACCGGCGGUCCCGCGUGCGUGGCUGCGCGUCAAUUUCUUCUGCGGUCUGCACUCGCCUCAGCCGCUGUCUGUCGAAUGUCUUUGGAGACGUGCAUUCUCCCUCUUCUCAAACUCACCCUGGCCUCCUGUCCCUCUCCGUUUUCCUCUCAAACGCGCAGAAAAGGCAGCGGACAGACGCUCGCCCAGACAGAAGAGACUUGCUCACCGCCGCAGGGAGGCCGUGGGCGGUGCGAAUCCGCGUCGCCCGUCGAUGACGCGGCCCCGUCUCCGUUUUCCACCCAGGGAGCAGGAGACCCAGGGCGAGCAAAGGCGGCAUCAGACGGAGAACAGGGCGAACCAGAAGCCAACGGUUCACACGAGGAAACCGACCGGGCUAGAGACGAAACCGGAGGAUCGAGAGUCGGCGCCGUGUAUGGAUCAGACGGCCAAGAAGAGGAGGAACUGCAGAGCGCGUGGGACAUGGCUUCAGCGCGAAUCGUUUCGACGGUUCACACUGUCGAGCGCUUCCUCACGACAUGCAUUGCUGCUGGGCUCCUAGCGAACGAAGUCGCCUGCCCCCCGACAGACGCCGGUCUUGUUCUUCUUCGUCUGCUUUCCCUCUUUAGGAGGGCGCGCUGUCACCUGAUCUUGCGUCGGCGAACCGCCACGUUUCCUGUCCUGUUCCAGGCCAUCGCCGAAGUCGCCGCUCUCCCUCAACAGCUCUUGGAAUUGCGAGAGGCGACCAUUCGCUUGUUCGCCUCCGUCCUCGGUUUUGUUUUAACUGGCCCCGCGAGUGCCUCGUCUCCGGCCUCGACGCUGUACAGCGCCGACGCGCGAAACGCCCGCGCGCUUCGUGGAGCGGCAGGGGGACAGACGGGAAAGCGAACGGGCGAGGGCGAAGAGAAUCAACCCGUACAGGCGCGGGCCAACACCCAAGGCCCCGGGUCGCGGACGGAGACGAAGGUUAUCGACAGCGAACAGGCGAUGGCAACGCGCCGGAGCGACGGUGAAGCGGAUACCGCAGACGCGCAAAAGAAGGAAGACCAAGCGAAGGACCAGCAAGAGAGGGAAGAACUUGAGGAUGCGAGGACGUUUCAAGAGUACUGCGUGAGUCACUUGGAGAUGGCAAUCCGCCUCGAGGGCGUCUCGUCGCUCGUGACCAAUCCCUCGAGUCUUGUGCUUGGCCUCCUGCGGGCACUGCAGCAGGUUCUAUUGGCGAGGAGAGAAGUCUCACGUAAAUCUUUGUCGCUGUCUCACGUCCUUGAAGGGAUUGCUGUGGAGCGGAACAGCGCAACAGAGCAUUCGUCCUGCGUGCUGCGCUGUGGGAACGACCGAAACAACCUCGAAAGAGAUGCAGGCGGGCGCCGGGUGUCGGGAUCGAGUGAAUGUACACCUGAGGAUAGCGCCAGUGAGGCGGGCGUCCCGGCCGCGAGCGCGAGCGAACCGAACACGGCAGGGGCGAUUCGACGCGAGUUUGCGGAUGAGCUUUCGUCUCUCCCCGCGUCGCUUCUGCCGCGCAUCCUCCCCGACGACGCACGGCGGAGCUCAGGGGAGUGUCUCUCCGUCGAUGAGUCUCUCGCCACGUCGCUUUCGCGAGUCAUUCGGGAGUCGGGUACGGCUCUUCUGCGCGAAUCCCUCCCCUUCUCGGAGAGGAAAGAAGGUUCCCGUUCUCUCUCCUCGGAGACGAUUCGGCCCGUCCACAAACGCCACUCCGAAAACAACGUCGUGGGUCCGUCUUCACUUCUCUCUCUUGUUCCAACGGCGGUGUGCUUAGAGAUCUCUCUCGCCAUUUCUGCUGUCCUUCUUGGUCGGUCUAGCUGGUCUCCUUCUGCCUUCGCGACGCUUCGGAGCCGAUCGGGUCGCGCGCCCUUCCUGCAUUCCUCGCUCUUUCUCACUUCCGUGUCUCCCCCGUCUACGACGCGUACACUUUCCACUGGUCCUACGUGUCCGUCCUUGUCGUCUUCGACAGUUCGCCCGUUCACCCGCGGCGCAUCCUGCGACAGACGAGGCGAGAAGGCAGCGGGCGCCGCGUCUGCCGCGCCUGUUCCCGGGACAGAGGACGAUGCGUCUUUCCAGGAUCUCCGAAUGGAGACACCUGAGGGGAACUCGACAUCCACCGCUGGAGACGAGAACGCGCUGGAUGAGCUACAGCUAUCCAUCGCCGCUCUGUUCGUUGCGAGCGCCGCGCAGGCUGCGGGGACAGCUCCUGCUUCUCUCCAGGAGCGGCGGGAAACGCCAGACACGAAGAAAGAAGAAAGGGAACUGAGAGAGACUCCUGGGGUCGCGGCGAGCGUUCUGCGCACGGUGACGCAGUGCGUUAUCGCCUGGCUUCGAAUUGCGCAACUUUGCGAGGCCGCGAGGGCACGUGAAGACGAAACGAGGCACACCGUGACAAGGAACUCGAGUGAGGGACGGGAAGCUGGCGAGGAGCGAGGGGCGAGGACCGAUCGCAGCCACGCGCCAGCAACCGAGGGUGUUUGUACAGCGGCGCGAGUUUUGCGAGACGCAAUGCCUUCUUCAGAGCGCUCGUUGGCGUUCCCAAGCUGCGGGCCUUCGCGCUCCGGCGCCGGUGAAACGGCAGCUGAAGACAAACAAUGGGCGCCGCAUGCCCCGUUUGCAAAACUCCUCCUAGCGCUUCAACAAGCAGUCUGCGCGGCUGACUCGACGCCGAGCGCGCCUUGUUCUGAUUCUCUUCUUCCUCACUUGCGCUGUCUUGUCGAUCUCCUCCUGCACACCUUGCCUGCCGGGGAAGCAAAGGCGCUGGGCGUUUCGCUUCUCUCUCUCGCUGCCGGUCCGGCAAAGUGCCAGGACAAUCGCGGCGAACCAAAGGAGAUGCAAACGACAGACGCAGAGAGAGGCGACGACUGCAUCCUUCUUCUUGCCCCUGCGGUCCUGCCUUUCCUCACCGAGUUCUGGGAUGCGGGGGACUCGGACGUUCCAGCGCCAAAUGCCGCAGAGACACCGAGAGAAGUAGAGGGGCGGGCUGGGAGCGAUUUGUCGAGCCUCUUAGCCGGCAUUUUGGAUCGGUGUAUUUCUUUGACAGACAUGCGCAGCACUCAGGUGUCUCUGCUGCUCUCUCGCGACCCCUCGACCGUUCCGCCUCGCCAUCGCUUGGAGGAAAAACGACUCUCGGAGAAGGCCGUGCUCGAGGUCGUCGAGGCUCUUUUGUAUUUCGCGCCCGACGCGCGCACGCUGCGGCGCUUGCUGGCCUCGCUGGACGCAGGCGACGGACCUCGGCGUGGCGGCGAGGACGCACACCGCGAGCGGGAGGAAGAACGAAGAGCUCGAUCCAGAUCCUCAUCGUGCUCCCCCGCGGAGCGGUCUCCGGCGCCAUGGGAACGCGAGGCCCAAGCAACUCUGUGGAGACAGGCGACAGUGAAGAUGCUGUUUCUUCGCCAGGAGAGACAUGCAUGUGAGGAGGACUUGGCAUCUGCUCGGUUGCGGGAACUUCUUCUUCCGGUGUUCUCGCCUCUCGACUCUGUGGGCAAAGGUCGGUCUUCUUCCCCGUCAACAGCGUUCGAUGCUUCCCUGCCUUCGCGGCGCCGCGGCGAGGCGUUACCUGGGGCACUGCCCGCACUGUGGCGAGGCCUGUCUUCCUCGCUGGCUGUUGCGCGGCUCCUCGGUGACCCUAUAGAACGAACGACACAGUUGCUCCGCAGAGAAGGAGAAUGCGGCGAGCGGGAUGCUGACCGCCGCUGGCUGGGGAGGAGGGGGGAGUCGCGGCACGGCGAAACUCAAGCGCGAGCGACAGACCCGAGACGCAACGCGGGACUCAAAGAGGGGGGACGCGGCGGAAAGGACAAAGGGGAAGGAAAGGCGAGAAACGAAGAGAGCGACGUUCUUCCAGGUCUUCUUCCGCUGCUGCCUUGUCCUCCUCCAUCGGUUGCUCGGAAAUCAAGGCAGAGAGAGCCGAGCACGGCGCCACAGAGAGAAGAAAAAGAGCGCGAAGUGCGGAGACGCGGUUUUGGAGAAGCCGAAGAGGAAACGUUUCUUCAUUUCCACCUCGCAGAUAUGCCGCUCAAGUGCGUCGCGCGCCGGGUCCUGGACGAGGCCAGCUCAGCUGUCUGUACACUGCGUGGGCAGCUCGUAGCGCGGGGACUCGAGGCCGCUUCGCGUUUGGCGUCCCCCCGCGAGACGUCCCCUUCGCCGCUACAGGUUCUUUUCCCGCAGGCGUGUCGAGGCGGGGAGAACGCGACUUUUGUUUUCACGUUUCGCGUCCGACUCGCGACACUUCCCGCCGCCGCGUGUCUCGCUCGCGCAGCCGCGUGUCUGCCUGUUCCGAACACCCUCCUCCACGGAGUCGACGACGCAUGCACUCGCCAGGCUUCUCCCAGUGCGCACUUGCUGGCGUCCCCCGGCGUCUCAGGCAUUCCGCAGCCGCAACGUGGUCUGCUGGCCACCGUGGUGUUAUGGGCCAUUUCGCUGUACUUCGCCAACCGGGCGGGUCUCCCUUCGCUUCAUCCCCUCACGCGCGGACUGCUCCAGGCCGUGAAGGCGAGCCGGAAAGCGCCGACUCGCCGAGGGGGGCGGACGAGCGAACCGGAGGACGCCGCCAGGUGCGUAAGAAAGGCGACAUCCCGAGACUGCGGGGUAGAGGCGGUCGCCAGGGACAACGCAUCGUUCGCUCCCGGAAACGGCGGUGGUCUCUCUGGUUCGGACGCGUUGUCGGACCUGUUCUCGGAGGUGACCUCGCCAUCCGGUAUUCGUCAAUUUGACAGCUUCCUCUGUGCGGUGGAAGAGGCCGAAGACGUUUUGCUCGCCUCGACACUUCUGCUGCUGCUCUCCGCUCAGCGGCGGAAACUGACCCUGCGUGGCGUCGCCUCUCAGCGCGCAGUUCUCGCUGCGUCGCCAUCCCCGUCUGCCGUUGCCGCGGACGCGCGCGAGGUCGGUCAGGAAGGAAGCGCACGCGCGCUCGCUCCUCGUUCUCGCGGCGACGCGGAGACACUGGGCCAACGCGACCGGGAGGCGCCAGUCGCCGGUGCCGGUGCCUCGGGCCAGGGAGCGCGUGAGAUCGGGGAGCGGGAAAAAGUUCCGCCCGAGGCUGUUGAGAAAGAACACGGCAAGGGCCGAGGGAAAGAUAUGGGGGGACGCGAAACCUCUUCGGGUGGCUGCGCGGGCGCGGCAGACAGCUCGCAUGCGCUGGAAGAGAUGGAGUUGCAGUUUCUGGACCAGUUCGUGGACCGUAUUCUUCCUUUCCUCAUCGUCGUCGCGCAACAAGGCGGCCGAGAAGAAGUGGAGGAAAUGGACAGACUCCGACGGAAGGAAAGCCAUCGGGGGGGUUCUCGGCGCUGCGCGGUGCCAAAGGGAGGCUUCGCCGCGCCCCUUCUGCGCCUGCUCGCCCUGCAGGCGAUCAUCAAUUUCGCCGACAGGCCUCUCGGUGGCGUUCUCAAGAUGCAGAAAGAGGUUAUCGCAGGAGUUUCCCCCGCCCUGGACGACCCCGUACGCGUCGUCAGGCGAGCGGCCGCUGUGUGCAAGAACCGCUGGGCAGUGUUCGAGUGA